UGUGCCUCCCGUGCUGGGCUCUCCUCAUUCUGGUUGGGGACAACAGAGCAGGAUGUGGCCACUUUAUCCUCACAGCUAAAGUUUUCAGCCCCUGAGUCCUAGCUUUGCCUCGGGACACGUUAGCUUUUCUGCUGAGAGCCAAAUGUGAAGACUGUCCUAAGAAAUCUGGAGCCGAGUCAGCUCGCCAGAGCUCGCCUGAGCUCUGCGGACAGGGCCAGAGCCUUGCUGAAGGAAAGAGAGAGGGGAAAACAAGUUUAAAAAUCCUCCAUGAAGUGUACUAUGCUCUGCCAUUUAUUCCCAAAGCUACUGGAAGCAUUCCUCUCAGGAAAGGUGGGCUUGGUGACGAGAAGCCGGACGUGAGAAGACUCCUGGGAGGACCGAUUAAUCCACUUUCUGAAUUUCCUCUGUGGAGACAGUCUCAGAGCCCUGCAAGGCAUUGGGGCGCCCUGAAGAUGAGUGUGAACAGCAGCACCAUGAGCCAGCUAAUCUGGCAGGGCCCCGUGUGCGUUGGCUGGAAGCGGGAUCUGGAAGGCGCCAUCUACCAUCUGGCCAACUGCUUCUUGAUCCUGGGCUUCAUGGGGGGCAGUGGUGUGUAUGGAUGCUUCUACCUCUUCGGCUUCCUGGGCACGGGCUACGUGUGCUGCGUGAUGUGGGGUUGGUUGGAUGCUUGUCGCCUGGACCUCAUCCUUUGGAGCUUCCUGCUGGCAACGGCCUGCCUGCUCCAGCUGGCAUACCUGAUACACCGGCUGCGCAGGCGCGCCCUCCCCGAGGAGUUCGACGUCCUCUACAAGACGCUGUAUUUACCCCUGCAGGUACCUCUGCAGGUGUACAAGGAGAUUGUUCAGUGCUGUGAGGAGCAGGUCUUGACGCUGGCCACUGAGCAGACUUACGCUGUGGAGGGCGAGACCCCCAUCAACCGCCUGUCCCUGCUCCUCUCUGGCCGGGUUCGUGUGAGCCAGGAUGGGCAGUUUCUUCACUACAUCUUCCCCUACCAGUUCAUGGACUCUCCAGAAUGGGAAUCUCUGCAGCCGUCUGAGGAGGGUGUGUUCCAGGUCACUCUGACUGCCGAGACCCCAUGUAGCUACAUUUCCUGGCCCCGGAAAAGUCUCCACCUUCUUUUGACCAAAGAGCGAUACAUUUCCCAACUCUUCUCAGCCCUGCUGGGCUAUGACAUCUCAGAGAAGCUCUACGCUCUCAAUGACAAGCUCUUUGCCAAGUUUGGGCUGCGCUUCGACAUCCGUCUCCCCAGCCUCUACCAUGUCCUGGGUCCCGCAGCCUCGGAUACAGGGCCUGAGUCCGAGAAGGAUGACGAGGAAGCCCGUGAACCAGCCUUGCCCACAUCCACCCAGCAAACACCCCCUUGCUCUCCUCUUCCAAUGGCCACCAGCCCUCCUGCACCUCCUUCCCGGGCCAGGUUGUCCCGGCCUGACAGCGGCAUCCUGGAAACCACUGGAAAGACUCCUGGAGCGGACAACGUGCCCUUGACCGUGGCAUGGCAGGAGCUGCCCUGGGGCCUCGGGUUCUGGGUCUCUAAAGCUCCUAGAACUCCUCUCCACAGUUACUCUCAAGCUAUGUCCAGGGGACAGGCCCCCUUGGCUCCAACCCACACUCCUGAACUUUAAGGAUCCAUGGGCUGUCUUUUUCUCUGUCCACACAAAUCUUCACAGGAAGCUCACUGGAGUGCACACCCCGUCUUACCCACUGGAGGGCUCACGGGCCAGGUCGGGGCAGGCUCAGGAGACAUGGGUGCUGCAG